AUGUCGGGGGCAAAGGUGUCUAAGGGAUGCGAAAAGAAAAACAUGGAAGAAAUGAACUCGAGGCUAUACAUGGAAAACUGCUACAUGCUGCAAGAAAAUGAAAAGCUAAGGAAAAAAGCUGAGCUUUUGAACCAAGAAAAUCAGACCCUUCUACACGAGCUCCAGCGGAGGCUUGCCGUGGACCCGAAAACGCCCGGAAAUUCCUCCGGCAAGGCGAAAAACAGAGGAUCGAAGCUCGUCAAAGAAUGA